AUGGUCCAAGGUCUGGUGGCACACGUUUUUGUUGACUACCUCUGGCUGCGCGUCUCGCGGCUUGUUGGUGCAACGCUGGCUACGGUGAGCAUCUCCCUCGGGAUUCCCAUGGCAAUCCUCUGCGACCUAGCUCUGCAAAAGCCCAACGUCCUGUCUUUCCAGUCAGUGGUGGGAGCUUCAGCCAUCACCGUGGGGUUCAUCCUAGUGCACCUGGGCAGCGGAGCAGUCGCCACGGAGGAGUUGCAAUCUGAGCUCGUCGCGGAGAUGCAAUCCGAGCCUGCUGCAGAAGGCAUAGCACCUCAGACUUCAGCAUGA